AUGGAUCGCCAGCUGCUUCUGGCGUGUUUGACCACACUGUUAUUAGGACUUAACCAUGCACAGAACACACGUGAUGCUGACGUGACAGUAGAGGCGAACAAUGCCCGCCGGGAUCACAUCGGGCUCAUCUCUGUGGGUGUUGGCCCUAACGUAAACACCGGAGAACUGCAGGCCAUCGCAGACGACCCGGACAAAGACCAUAUGUUCAACCCCCAGGACUACAGUGCUCUCGCUGGACUCAGCAAGAAGAUCAUUGACGCUGCUUGUACCGUCCAAACCACUGCUCCAUCAAGGACCACAGCUCAGCCUGAUCUGAGCUUUGACAUUAUCGAACAUUUGUCUUCUGGCGCCGUACUUUUGGAGUGUCUUCCAGAGUUUUGCAUUGUUUACCCUGUCAAAAGCCUUCUCCUGGUCUAUAAAGACGAUGUUGGAUUCUUUGUUGUGUUCCACUGUUUUCUCUCAUAUCUGUCUUGCUAUAUAUCUGCACUAAACGACCUUUAUUCUGUCGCGACGCUUCUCAUUUCUCAAACGACCAAAGCACACACAAAAGAAGGAAUAACGUUUAACUUCUUUUCAUGCCAAUCAUUUCCCCCAGCUUGCACUGGCUACGCUGACGUCGUGUUCGUCGUUGACUCUUCGGAUGGCGUCGGACAAGCGGAUUACCAAAAAGAACUGGACCUGGUAAAAAACACCGUGAACAAAAUGAACAUUGGAGACCGCGGCAUGCACGUUGGCAUGGUCACUUACGGCACCAGUUCGAAGACUGUGUUCAACCUGAAGGACAACCCCACGGCAGCGGCGCUGAACAACGCCAUUGGCAACGCUCCAUUUGUGGGCGGAACCGAGGGCAUGCUGGGAGCUCUGCAGACGGCCAAGAACCAAAUGUUCACGCCCGCUGCAGGAGUCCGAGACAAGACGUCGAGGAUCGUUGUCCUUGUUUCUGGCGGACGCUCCAAUAACGCAGCGCUUACAAAGCUUAGGGUGAGUACUGAGUAUUUGGUGCUAAGGACUUUGUUUGAGGUUACAGCUCCGCUUUUUAUUGCCUUGUACUUUAUUGAAAACUACGCAAUUUGUUUCAUAGACAGCAUUAGAAAAUGCCAGGAGUACUAUUUUCAGGCGGACGAGCUUCGGGCCAACGAUAUCGAUGUGUACUCUGUCGGUAUCGGAGCCGGAGUGGACAUUAACGAGAUGAAUGGUAUCGCCAGCGACCCAGACACACGAUAUGUCUACACGGCAGACAACUUCGAUUCCGCUCAGGCUCUCGCGGACGUCCUGGGACCAAAGAUCUGUAAUGAAAUUCCUGAAGAUCCAAAGUUCCUGCCACCCCCAACAGGCUGUCUCCAGAAAGCUGACGUUAUGUUCCUGCUCGACUCCUCUUCAAGUAUUGGCCAGAACAACUUUCAGAAACUCGAGGAUUUCCUCAAGAACACCGUCAAAGACCUUGACAUUGGACCCGACAAGGUCAGGGUGGGUAUGAUGCAAUACAGCAGCUACCCAUCUCUGGAGUUUCCCCUCAACAUGCACGGCUCAAGAUACGAUGUACUCAAGGCCAUUGAUCAGGUGAAGUACAUGGGAGGUGGAGCAAACACAGCUGACGCCCUGCGCUACAUGAGACAGCUCGGCUUUUCUCAGAACAGCGGCGCCAGAGCCGACGUGCCCAGGGUUGCUGUCGUCAUCACUGACGGAUCCUCUCCCAACAGAUUUGUCCCCAGUGCUGACGUGACAGUAGAGGCGAACAAUGCCCGCCGGGAUCACAUCGGGCUCAUCUCUGUGGGUGUUGGCCCUAACGUAAACACCGGAGAACUGCAGGCCAUCGCAGACGACCCGGACAAAGACCAUAUGUUCAACCCCCAGGACUACAGUGCUCUCGCUGGACUCAGCAAGAAGAUCAUUGACGCUGCUUGUACCGAAGCUUCCAAACCACUGCUCCAUCAAGGACCACAGCUCAGCCUGCUAUCUAUCUAUCGAUCUGUCUAUCUAUCUAUACCAUCAUCAUCCUCAGGCGGAACUCUUCCCCCUGACCCCUGCAAGGACAAGAUCUCAACUUGCGCCAAUUACGGAAGUGACCUUUGCACUGGAACCUACAAAACAUGGGCUAAAGUCAACUGCGAGAGAUACUGUGGCAUUUGCAGUCCUCUCUACACCGUGGCCCCACCCACAUGCAAUGACGUCAUCAACGACUGUGUGUCCUACGGAAUUGCCUCGUGCUCCGGCUCCUACAGGCCCUAUAUGGAGAAAAACUGCAAACGAUUCUGUGGUUAUUGUGGUAUUGAUACCCAGUCACUUGGAUUCUGUAACACGACUCAAACAAACGUUGCAGAUGGAUCGUGUGCGUACAAAGGCCAGACGUACUCUACUGGUGAGAAGUGGUCAGACGGCUGUGACUACGAGUGUGUCUGUGAGGACGGGAAGACUGGAAAGUACAGAUGUUACAACAAAUGUCCCAUCUAUCACAACCUGCCGGCCGACUGUACUUUGGUCAAAGACCCGAGCUCUUGUUGCCUGCAGCCUCAGUGCAACUUUGACCAGACGGUGGGAACAACACAAGGAGCCAAUAAGGGCUCGCGCAACGGAAUUGGUAAGUCUCCGAAACCUGAUAUAUUAUUGUUCCGUUUUUAUCAAAAGUUGCACGACACUUCCAGCAGAAUCAGUUCCGAAGAUUGGGGCUACACCUGUGUUUACGGCGGCAAGAAUUACUACCAGGACCAGCAGUGGCAGGACGGCUGCAACGCUCAGUGUGUCUGUGUAGACGCCAAGACUGGACGUCACGAGUGCCAUGAUCUGUGCCCCACAUACACACGACUGCCCAGCUAUUGUCGCCUGGAAAAAAAGACCGGUGCCUGUUGUCCCACUCCAGUUUGCGAAUUCCAGAAUCAACAGGGAACGUUCACCGGAUUAGGAACCAUCAGCUCUAACGGAAUCGGUCAAACCCCAGCGACUCUCCCUCCUUGUGUGAACAAGCUAAACAACUGCCCUCUGUAUGGUAAACCAGCCUGUACUCAGUACGCUCAGUGGGCCUUUGACAACUGCCGGGACUUCUGUGGACUUUGCGGUACUGGACCUGCACCUGGACCAAACGAUAAGUGUCUCUACCAGGGAAGCCAGUACUCUCAAGGCCAGUCCUGGUUUGUUGGCUCCGACAAACAAUGCACAUGCGAAAAUGCCGUAUCUGGUUACUACAGAUGCACCACUCUAUUAGUUAAGUGUUCUCUCCGACCUACACAGCGAAGUGUGCUCAAAAUGAAACCUCAACUCUCACGCAGAUGCCCCACAUACACGAACCUGCCUCCCACCUGCACAGUAAAGACAGUGCCAGGCCAGGCGUGUGACGUAAUCACGUGCCCGUCAGGAACCUUCAUCUCCAGCUCCAACAACCUGGCUACUUUGGGAAAUGGUGGGAAUAUCCAAAAAGACCCCGCCUCAGGAUACGUUCCCCCCACCCUACCGUCUGGGGCCGCUGUUCCUCCUGGGACAGGCGGGUCUCCUGACAACGCUCCUAAACUCAGUGAGUUGGGUUUACAGUUGCUCUAUUUCAAUCCUCACCUGUUUGCGCUCAAAUCCACAGAUGGCUGCCUGUAUAACGGCCAGUUGUAUGUCAAGGGCCAGAGAUGGAACGAUGGCUGUAGCAAGUCUUGUGAAUGUCUGGACGGUGCCACCGGAAGAACAAAAUGCAGACAAAGAUGCCCAGACUACGCCCAGGUGCCCGCAGGCUGCACUAUGAUCUCUGACCCUGAUGACACGUGUUGCCAUAAGCCAAAAUGCAGUGACCCUAACGUGGUUCCAGUUCCUCAUUUCAAGCCGUACACAACAACAAACACGCCAGUAGCCCCGCCCCCUAACAAUGACAGAUUCGUCGGAACCGGAGAUCUGUUCGGACCUCACGGUGGAAAGUACACAGUGGUACAGACAGGCACCCCCAUCCCUACCCCCGGAGUCGGAGUGUUCAGCACAGGAGGCAUCGGUCACUGCGAGUACAAAGGGAAGCAAUACCUCCAGGGAGAGAUCUGGGAGGACGGAUGUGACUACAACUGUGUCUGUGAUGACGCUAGCUUUGGACAUUACACCUGCACACAGAAGUGUGUAAUUUACACGAACAUUCCAUUCCCGUACUGCCGUUUGAUCGAAGACCCGGGCAACAAGUGCUGUAAGAUCCCAAGCUGUGUGUGGACAGCUCCUUACGAGCGAAUCACUGACUACCUAGUUGUGAACCCAACAACACCAGCGAUGGUGGCAUCGUCGCUGCCCCCUACGCCAGCUUUCGCAUUCUGCGUGUAUAAGGGAAAGAGUUACGACCAGAACCAAGUCUGGUACGACGGCUGUGACUUCAAAUGCACCUGCGAGGAGCCUUCAACUAACAAGUACAGAUGUGAGACAAGAUGCCCAGAUUUCCCGAACGUGGCUCCCAACUGUAAGUUUGUCGCAGACACCAAGGACCCCAGCUGCUGCACGGUACCCGAGUGCCCCACCCCAUCACCCCUCCCAGGGGUCAGUCCGGACCCCACCCCUACAGGUGUGCCCGGAGUGAUUACUGGAGGAGUGGAUCCACCCGGCACUUCGUCAGGCAACAACAAAGGUUUCUGUGAGUACCAGGGCAAACAGUACAAACAGGAUGAGAAAUGGGACAACGGAUGUGAGUUCUCUUGUGUGUGUGAGGAUGCGGUCACGGGCAAAUACAAGUGUACCGAAAAAUGUAAGAGAUACACCAACUUGGCCCCAGGCUGCUAUCUAGUGGACGAUUUCGCCAAUCCGUGCUGUCAGAUCCCGCGCUGUGACGCCUCGCCAAACACGCAGCCGACCAUUUCACCCAACCAGAACCCAGGGUCAACGAGGACACCCGGGAAUAAAGGUAAGGACCGCUUAUUUGGCUUGUAUCAGUGGGGUUCUCUCUCUCUCUCUCUCUCUCUCGUGUCCCCAGCGUUCUGUGUGUACAACGGCGUGCAGUACACGUGGGGCCAGCAGUGGGUGGACGGCUGCGACAAGAAGUGUCAGUGUGACAACGCCGACACUGGAUCGUACUCUUGUACCGAGAGGUCAGUUCUUUGGUAUCAAUGUUUCACUUACGACAAUUUACCACCCGAGUGCAAACUGGUCACAGACCCCAAAGACUCUUGCUGUCUCGUGCCGGAGUGCGGCACUCCAGCCCCAGUAGCCACACCGGCCCCGCCAACCUUGCCCGGAGGCUCUGUGGCACCUGGCACGCAGGGUCCGAACCCGACCCCUGUGGGAACCCCUGUUCCUACGCCAACCGCCGUGGUAGGGAAGAUCACUGGAGUGCCCGUGACGGUGCCUCCAACGCCUGGGCCGGAUGGGAAGACAGUCGCGCCCCCUACACUGACGUACUGCGAGUACAAAGGAACCAGGUACAACCAGGGCCAGAAGUGGAACGACGGCUGUCAGUUCCAGUGUGAGUGUGUAAACGCCCUCGUCGGAAAAUACGAGUGCACUGAGAAAUGCCCACGCUACGUGAACCUGUCUCCUCUGUGUCGCCUGGUGAGAGACCCCAGCAACCCCUGCUGUGAGGUUCCAGACUGCCAACCGAACCCCAACUCCCCGGGCCCAACGCUCGCCCCAGGCUCUACCCGGGUGCCCACCACAGCUUCCGGGCCAACGCCACCACCCAAGGACGUGUGUGUGUACAAGAGUCAGACCUACACCCAGGGCCAGAAGUGGUUCGACGGCUGUGACUACUCAUGUGAGUGCGAGAACGCAAACCAAGGCCUGUACAGAUGUGACAACAGAUGUCCCAGCUACGAUGCCGUGCCCAAGGGCUGCCAUUUCGAGGACGACCCCUCUGACCCUCUGUGCUGUAAGGUGAUCCGCUGCGACAUCCCCACCAGCCUGAACAACCAGACAGGCACCGGGCUCAUCCCCACCCCACCACCGGCCAUCAAGGAAGGAGGCUACGCCACGCCCGCCCCAACGCCCACCGAUCCCAACGCGCCCCCACCACUCCCAGGACAGCCCACACCGUCCCCUGUUCCACCCGGUGUCUGUGUGUACAAGGGAAGGCAGUACCAACAGGGAAGAAGAUGGCAAGACGGCUGUGAUUACAACUGCGAGUGUUUGGACGGAACUGGCAGAUACAAGUGUACUGAGAUACAAGGGGUUUGCGUCUAUAACGGCGUGCCUUUCACCCAAGGCCAGAAGUGGAACGAUGGUUGUGACCUGCAGUGUAUUUGUGAAAACGCCACAACAGGCUUCUACAGAUGUAACCAAAGAUGCCCCAAGUAUACAGGUCUACCCAAAAGCUGCUCCCUGAUACCUGACCCCAACGACCCCACGUGCUGUGAGAUCCCGCAGUGCCUGCCCACACCAGGGCCCAAUCAGCCGGUGACCCCUGGACCCACCCAGACAUUCCCGACUCUCCCGACUGGGUCAGUGACCGGUAACGCCCCUGUGCCCCCACCCACCACAUCGCAACCAGGACAGACUACGGUGAAACCACCGCAGGGUUGCAUGUACAAGAACACAAGGUACGCCCAAGGACAACAGUGGCAGGACGGCUGUCAGUACAACUGCGUGUGUGAUGACGGCAUCACAGGAAAAUACACCUGCACUCAAAGACGUGAUAAGCUACUCUAUGGUUUCUGUGAGUAUAAGGGACAGCAAUACCAAACUGGAAACAAGUGGAUUGACGGCUGUGACUUUAACUGCGAAUGCCUGGACCAAAUUGCAGGAGUGUACUCCUGUUCACAAAGGUGCUCUCCGUACCCCAAUAUCCCAUCAUACUGCAUUCUGGUCCAGGACCCCAAGGACCAGUGCUGUGAAGUGCCUUAUUGCCCAGGCGCUGCCACGCUCUCCCCCAACCCUAACCAAUCCAUAACCCCACCCAUUAACCCGUCACUUACUACCAAGCCUACGGCCACGCCCUAUCCCACUCUGUUCCCGGCCCUGGCAACCACUUUGAAACCGCCCCCUGGAGGAGUUCCCACAAAAGACGUGUGCGUGUACAUGGGCAAGUCUUACACGCAGGGCCAGCGCUGGGACGUCGGCUGUGACAAGGUAUGCGUCUGUGAGGACGGCAAGACAGGAGGGUACAGCUGCACAGACAGAAAAGCUCCCCCUCCCGCGUGUGUAUACAAGGGAAGUCGCUACCAAAAGGGACAGACAUGGCAGGAUGGCUGUCAGUUCGAGUGUGUCUGCCUGGACGACAUGAGCGGCCAGUACAAGUGUACCGACAAGUGUCCUCGUUACCCCAACCUCCCGGUGAUCUGUCAGCUGGUGUACGACCCUCAGAAUCCUUGCUGUAAGAAGGCAGAGUGCCCCACACCAGGACCCGAUGGGCUUAUUCCAACCCCAGCGGGAACCCCAGUGCCAGAUGUGUGCGUGUACAACGGUGUGCCAUAUCGACAAGGCCAGAUUUGGAAGGUGGGCUGUGAUAAGAUCUGUGUUUGCGAAGACGCCAAGGCCAGAACAAUCAACUGCGAUGACAGGUGUCCGACCUUCCAGGCUGUGCCUGCCGGAUGCCAGCUGACCACAGACCCACAAGACAAUUGUUGCCAGGUCUUGGACUGCCCAGUGCCUCCCGCCGGUCAGCCCAUCACGCCCCUACCCCCGAAAUUCGUGACAGGCAAGAACGUCCCAGCUCAGAACCCAACGCCGUUUACUGGCGGUACUUCCGACGUGUGCAUCUACCAAGGCAAGGUAUACAAGCAGAGCGAGAAGUGGCAAGAUGGAUGCACCUUCACCUGUGUCUGCACCGACUCCACUCAAGGAAAAUACAUGUGCACAGACAGGUGCCCCACCUACCCAAAACUUCCUCCACAAUGCACUAUGGUCCAGGAUCCGAACGACCCCUGCUGCAAGAAGCCGUUCUGCGCCAGAACCCCUGCACCACCACCUGGCAGCACCCCUCCUCCCGGUCAACCUACCUCUCCCGGCACUCCCACUAAUGGGCCCACACCAAUCGCUAAACCUCCAGAUAUGUGUGAGUACAACGGACGCCUCUACAAACAGAGCCAACAGUGGUACGAUGGCUGCAACAAGGUCUGCAAGUGCGAGAACGCCAACAUGAACUUCUACAGAUGUGAAGACAGAUGCGCUGUGUACUCAAAAAUCCCGUCUGGCUGUAGUCUAGUACCCGACCCCAAGGACCCGACUUGCUGCGAGGUACCUGACUGCCCUGUCCAGAUCGGCGCCUCGCCCACAGCAGGCUUUGUGCCCACUCCCGCCAACCCCACACCAGGCAGCGUGACUGGCAUCGGAAAAAUACCCACCCCGGGCAAUACGCCCAAGCCCAGCCCUGGACAACCAACGCCACCCGCCUUGCCCAAGAACGGCUGCUUCUACAACAACACGGUGUACAAGCAGGGAGAUAAGUGGACAGUCGGCUGCAAGCUGUCCUGUGUCUGCUCCGACGGUGUCACUGGAAAAUACGAGUGCAAUGAACUGCUACUGUGUGUAUCAGGGAGUCUACUAUAGACAAGGACAAACCUGGCAAGAUGGCUGCAGUAAAGUGUGCAAGUGUGAGAACGUCACCACCGGCUACUACUCUUGCAAAGAAAGAUGCCCCACCUUCGACAACUUGCCACCUCAGUGUAAGCUGAUCGCAAACCCCAACGACCCGUGCUGCGUGGUACCUGACUGUAACACCUUCCCUACCCCAGCGCCCACAGGACCCAAUGGACAGACACUGAGCCCACCCUCAGGACCGACGCCUCCACCGGUUUUCACACCCACACCUGCCCCGCCUGGCAUCAUCACAGGAACUGGAAAUGGACCCGCAGGCAUGUGCGUUUACAACGGUAAAUCAUACGGGCAGUACCAAGCUUGGAAUGACGGUUGUGACUACAAGUGUGAGUGCAUCGAUGCCCAAAGAGGACAAUUCAAGUGCACGGACAGAUGUAACAAGUACUACGGGCCGAUCCCACAGCAGUGCUACAAGGUUCCCGACCCGAGUGACUCCUGUUGCCAAGACCUCAAGUGUGACAUGAAAGUGACUCUCACCCCACGACCUCAGAACGUCCCAUCCACCACCGCUCUCGUUAUUGUUCAAGAUAAGUGUGUUUACACGAACGGCAAGCAGUAUGGACAAGGCUCUAUCUGGAGUGAUGGAUGUGCUGGAACAUGCCGAUGUAUAGACGCCACUGUCAAUAACUACGCAUGUAAUUCAAGGUGCCCAGUCUACAGCAGUUUGCCCAAGGAGUGCACUCUGACCCCUGACCCCAACGACCAGUGCUGCAUGCAGCCCACCUGUACCGGGAACUUCAAGCCAAUCAUUGGUGGCUCUGGGCCAACCAUGUCCCCAACACUGGACCCUAGCCAGACCAACGUGUUCCCGAUCGGCACCCACACAACGCUCACAGGCAGUGAGCUGCCCCCACCACCCGGACCAGGAAAUACUAUCACAGGACAGAGAGAUGCCCCCAGUUGCCACCAAUGCCCAGCUACUGCUCAAAGGUCACCAUUCCCGGCCAGUGCUGCGAGGCCGUCUCCUGCAACCUGCCAGGCAAGGGCUACUACAGUCCAGUGCCAGAACUCACCCCUGACCUCAUACCCACACCUGGGCCUGUGCCCACCCCUGGCCAGACGACACCUAUGACGUACGUUGUAGGCAUUCCUCCCGGAUCGACCACUGGUACAUCGCUACCAGGAAAUGGCUCCCCCGUGCCUUCAGGCACAGAUGUUACAGGUCUCAGAGCGGAUGACAGCUGCAAAGACGUCGCCCCGAACUGCCCGGAUUACGGAAUAAAUGCUUGCUCUGGUGUCUACAAACCAUGGGCAGAGAAGAACUGUCAGGCCUACUGCAAACUGUGUCCCACGAGCUGGGCUACUCUGCUGAAGGGAGUGACGAACGCACCAGGUGACCUUUGGGGUCUGUGGACUUCCAAGAACACUUCGAACGAGAAGAAUCCCGUUGCUAUGGAACUCUCCAAUAGACUCAAAGAGCACUACAAACCAGAUUUGUCAAACUACUGGAACGACUGCAAAUUUGAUAUGAUCAAACUUUCUUUAAUGACCAACGGAAAAGAAGACGGUUACAUUAUUUUCGACUCUAAAGGCACGGACAAACUCAGUUGGUUUGAUUCUAGUAGGAUUAUCAACUCGACGUUCUCGGACCUGAGCAGCUCAUCCAAUUUCGAUGCGUUUACAUCAUCUGGGGACCCGAACACAGGCCGACAUUUCGUGAUCACCCAAAGCACUCGCAGCUGUGACAUCAAGGGAUGGUUAAUAAUGUCCACAAGACAGGACUGCUUCUUCGAGAGAGGCGUUCAGCCAGGCUUCCACUACUCUGCCAAUGGAAAAGUUGGCCAGUUUGGAAAAGAUACCCUCCGCUCUGAUAUUAUGGUCAUAUCUGGAUAUGGUGGAAAAUGUUUCAAUGGAACCAUUGGACAACAUAAACGUGUGUGCCCGUACGGUGGUAAAGAAUAUAACACUGGAGACGAAUGGCAGGAUGGCUGUGAGAAGAAAUGCAAGUGUAUCGAUGCCAACUUCGGCUACUAUAAGUGUGACCCGCUGUGUCCUCCGAUCAACAAUCUACCUCCGGGCGCUAGAAUCGUAAAGAAAAACGGCACAUGUUGUGGAGAGAUUGUUCAAGACAAUACCGCGGGAUGCUACUACCAAGGCAAUUUCUACGCUCAGAAUGAGAAGUGGGAAGACGCAUGUGACUACAACUGUGAAUGCGUGGAUGCCUCACAAGGAUUUUAUCAGUGCUCUGCGAAGUGCUUCACCUUCCAGAACCUGCCCAGUAUGUGCAAACUGCUGUCUCCUCCCCCAGGCAAAUGUUGCCCCACUGUCAGCUGUCCUCCUGGAAUAGUGAUCAACUAUCCGGAUGGUUAUGUUCAACAAUAAAUUAAAUGUGUAAUAAAUAUAAGGACUAUA